AUCAAAACAAACGGACACGCCCCCUGACCAGCGUGCUUCUCAUGUUUACAUGCGAAAAUACAUAAGCCAAAAUUUGAUUUUUAACUUAUGACUGUUUAUGAACUAGCGUUGGCAUUUUAGUUUAAAAUACCAAAAGAGCGACCGAUUUAAAAAUGUCAGUAGGCUUUAGUGAUUUGAAUUUGCGACCGGCAAAUAAAGCGGACGUGCGAUCCCUGUGCUUGGCCGCACUUGAAGCUGGAUUUAAAACAGUCGCUGUGAACACAGAGGUGGACGCAAAUGUAUUUGCCAAAAAAGGCAAAAAAGGGGAAACUGAUGGAAGUAAAAUCAUUCCUGAACCUCUGGAUCUUGAUAUCCUUAAAAAGGAACUGGAUGGUCGGCUGCAAAUCCUCCAGAGACUCACAGUGCAAAUUGCUGAUUCAUUACAGGCACACAAAUUGUUCCAGAGCAACGCUGUCAUGAAAUAUGACAUCUUAGCAGUUCAGCCGUUAAAUCCUCAAGCGUUUCAACACGCCUGUGCCUCCAUGGAUGUGGACAUCGUUAGCUUUGAUGCAACAGACUGUGCCCCACUGAAGGCGGCUCGAAAGGUUGUGCGUCAGGCAAGAGAACGAGGGGUCUAUUUUGAGGCGCAAUACUGGCCUUUAGUGUCCUCGUCAGCGACUAGGAGAAACACAAUAGCAAUUAUGCAUUCUCUUCAUGCUGUAGGCCGAGGACGUGCCCUCGUCGUACUCACUUCUGGGGCAGCUGCACCAAACCACCUGCGUUCACCUUACGACGUGGCUAAUUUGGCACUUUUGCUAGGAUUGUCUGAGGAGUCUGCUAAAAAUUGCAUGAGACAUGCAACGAGAAAUGUUCUUCUUAACGCCCAAGCGAGGAGAAUGGGCAAAGGAAUGGUGUUUGGCCAAGUGACCAGACCGGUCAAUGAUAAAAUUGUCGAGGAGAACGGAAUUCCUCCAACAAAAAGGAGAAAAAAGGAUUCAAGCGCAAGUCAACAGGUAUCAGCAGCUGGCUGACAAGCUCAUUUUUACCAAGGUAAAAUAUGUUGUGAAAUUUCUGAGUUCUGAAAAUCUCGCCUUGUAAUAAUAAAAUUAAUUAUUAACAUCUUUCUUUAAUAAAUUUCAUAAAACCUA